UUUAGGCAUUAACCUUCAGUCCGCAAACAAUGUGGAAGUCUGAAUUAGAGCCGAAAAGUACGACAAAGCUGAAAGUUCUUGUGUGAGUGAAAUAAGGGGUGAAAUGCGCAUUUGUGCAUUAAUGUGACAUUUAUAGUGUUUGGAUUUCAUGUGUUUUAGUGUAUCAGAUAUUCAAAUAACCAUAGAUAUGAUAUUAUUAUUUAUUGAGGUCAUCACUGCCCUGGCCCAAUUUUGUGUUAGUGCAUUGUCGUGCGUUUGACUACAGACACCAAGCUGGGGCGCGUGCUGUUUGUUGUCUCGAGUUGCUCGCGACGGCGGUGACGUCACAGCGGGCGGGGUUCUCUUCGCGUUCAGCUUCAAAAUAACAAACAAGCUGGAGGUGGACGUGUUGACGCACUUUCCUUCAGCUUCCUGCUUGUCAGAUCUGUUCAUCCGUAGAUCGUAAACGGUGUACUGUUUUCUCCAGGAGUAUUUCUUCUUGAACACGGCAUAUCGAGGUUUUUCCUUAGUCCACAGCAAAAUGGCUACAACUUCAUCUCAAUAUGACCAAGUAGAGCUUGAAGGAGUGGAAGAGGAUGUUAAGCCACGGGGCACAGGUGUGCGGCGGAACCUCUUUGGCCCGGUCGACCACCAGCAGCUUCAGCAGGACUUCCACAAAUUCAUGUGCAUGAGAUUAGAAAUGGCCAAACAGCGCUGGAACUUUGACUUCCAGGGCGAGCAUCCUACCCCUGGCUCAGUGCAGUGGGAGGAGGUGCGGUGCCAGGAUGUGCCAACUUUCUACCACAGCUGUGUGAUGAGGUUGGGGAAACGCACACUGGUGGUUCCUGUGAGCCCCGAUGUAACUGUGGCUUACAGAGGAGCCGAGCUCGGGAAGAGAGCAGACAAAUACAGACAGGCUACCAUCACAGACUUCUUCACCGUGAAGAAGAGGCGGUGUCUUCAUUACAAAGCCUCAUCAAGGCAGUAAGAAGAGAGCAGAUACUUAUGCAGCUGAAGAUCCUUUCAAACUCUCACUGUGUAUAUAUAUAUAUAUAUAUAUAUAUAUAUAUAUAUAUAUAUAUAUAUAUAUAUAUAAUGUGUGUGUAACUGUACAUACAAUACCUGCAGUUAUAACUAUUAGUAGUAUAUGGGGAUUAUGUUAUCAAAAAGUUUAAAUACGCUUAAAGUAUACUGUGAAGAAGUACAAAAAUGCACUCUAAAAAAAGAACACUUUAAUCAAUAACUUGACAACACUCAAGUUGUGACAGUUGUCUUCCUCCCCUGUAUUCUAAAUGCCAGUGUGAUUUGGGUCUUGACUAGUGUGCACAAAGCCUAACGGCUCGGCAGGUUAUAAAACCGCUCCCCACCUCAACAGCAACCGACAUCGGAUUAAUACUGACCUCCAGACUUUAAACGGUUACAAACAGUCUUGCUGUUCUGAUACUGGCUGAUUUACGCUUCUUGUACAUAUGAAGGCCUUAAAAUGUUAUAACUGAAUAAUAUUACUUAAUGAUACUCACUACUUAUUUAUUUUCACAUUAUAAAACCUUUUAUAAAAAAGAACCAGAUUUGAACUGGUAAAUCUGAGCCAUUGCCUCAUUAUGUUUGUGUUAUACAGGAUUGUUCACAGAAAAAAAAAAAAAAGUUGAUGAAUUCUUAAUGAAUGAAUCUCUCUUACCUCAACAUGGUCACUGAGCUAGGUCUCAGAAGAAUGUAACCUCUGACCUCUGAUGCAUACCUAAAGUCCACUUUGUAAACAUUUCACUACUUCACCAUUUAGUGUAACAUUUGUUAAAGCAUCUCAAACGGAAGACAUAUAACUACCCAAGUUACAAGUUACCUUGCUGACAACUUACAGAAAAAAACAAUACUACCUACAUUUACUUGAAUUAUUAAUCAUACAGACAAGGGGCAAAAUGACAAGACUUUCUUUUCUCGUUUUAACAUCCUUUAUUGUAAAUGUGAUCAAUAUAGCCUUCUUUUAAAAAACAACAUAUAUAAACAUUAGUUGUGCUUUUCUGCGAUUGGUGUUUACACUUUAAGACUUCUGUGAAUAUGUCACAAAAAUCUAAAAGUAAAAUUGUAUAGACAAAGAAUAUCUGUUGUAUUAACAACAGUAACGCACAACAUCUUAUGAGAACUGUAUAUGUUUUUUUUUGUUGUUUUUUUGGAGUUCAUGUAGCAUUUUUUCUCAGUUUUUAUUUCUGUUAUGUUAACCGUUUUGGUUCUGAAUACUAUAUCAAAAAAUGUAGCGUUUUUAUUGCGGACUGAAUCGUGUCCAAAAAAAUUAUGUUUAUAAUUGUUCAUGAGAGACUUAAAAAUCCAUGCUAAGCAUGUAAAUAGCAGGGAAGUAUAUCCAGGUGUUUGUUCACACAGUGUUUGCUGUGAGUUUGUUUGUAAUUGUGUUUUAAUUUUUACAUGUCAUUAUGUUUUUAGAAAGGCAGCUUUAGAAACUAGCCAAAGAUUAGCUCCACACAGUGUCAAAAGGAAGCAGCUACCAACUGCUGUCAAAGAAAAGGGACAAAGCCACUAGUUUUAACCAGCCUCAAAAGCUGACAAAACAUACUUUUGGCCUUGUGGCAGUGGCGCAGUUUUUCGAUAAAACACUCUUUUAGUAAUAUAUCUGGUGACAGUCACAGUGUCCUACUCAGCUCACUCAGCUAUUUUUCAUGUCUGUUAAUAUUUUUGAAGAAGAGUUUUCAUCUACCUCACAAAAACAAUGAAGUUUUCAUUCCCUUAUUAGAAAACAAACCCUCCUGAUCCAAUCGACAUGAAGUUUGUAGAUAUGUGAGAUUUGUGAGAUUCCCUCACCACCCUUUUGAGAAUUAUGCUAAUCAAGUCCUGUUUGUUUUAGGUCUUCUUAAUCAGAAAAUUCUACAGUAGUUGGCCAAAGGUCAAAACCUAAAUUCGCCACACACACAAGACAGCGGAGGUUAUGCACAAUCAUGUCCGGGUGUUUAGUUAUCGUCUACCACAUUAAAGCUGAGUCAGUGUCUAUUAAUUUACUGCAUGUUUACACUCAUCAGCUCAGUCUGAAAUGGUUUGAUCAUUUCUCCCUUUACUUUUUAAUGAGUGUGUGCGCUGUACCACCAUUUUUUCUUUGUAGCCAUCAUUUUUGUUUGAGAGCAGCCUAAAAUAUGUUUAACUUAUUGGAAGGUAAUUUUGUUCAUAGAUUACUAACUGGUUUUGUACGAGCUUUGCACUAUUCAAUAUUACUGUUGCAGUGUAUGGUAACCUGCAGUGAUGUUUAGAAGUUAGCAUGAAUAAAAAUUAACAUUGGCCAAGUCUCUGCAGUGAGAAACUUUACUCUUUUAAUUACAAACAUUAAUUGCAUGUAUUUAUAUUUGGGUAUGAAUGCAGCCUGCCAAAAAUACUAAAUCUGGCUUUCAAAAUUCUGCAGUAAUUGAUAUAAAUGAUAAAAGGUAUAUACCCUAUAUAUUGUAUAUGCGAAAAGUAUACAUUAUAUGGGGCAGAGUGAUUGUUUGAUAUUGAAUAAAGUUGUAUGAAAUAUGAUCCAAAAAUGCUGAAACUGAUUCACUCUUCUCAGUUCCACCAAAUGUUUCUCUCUUUCUUUCAUUGUAUUGUGAGAUUGUGAAUAUGUCGCCAUCUUUAAAUCACAAAUUAUAAUAAAAGGAUAUUCAUGUUUAUAAAAAA